AUGGAUAAACAAGACAAAUCUUUGUCGGAAACUAAUAUUCCCGAUCAACUUGUGCGCACUCCACCGACAUAUUUUGUUACACAACGUAAUAAACGGGGCAGAGAACUUGACUGCGAGCACGAUUUUGACUCUUUUCGAAACGAAAUAAAGGCUAUGUUGGUGCAGCAACAAACGGAAAUUAGUAAGAUUCAUAAUACUCUCGUAGAAAUUAAAACUACAAAUUCUAACAUAGAAAGCUCUAUGUCGUUCCUAGCGUCUCAGAAUGAAGAGUUAAAGCAAAAAAUUGAACAGUUAGAGGUGCAAUCUAAAAAAGAUAGAAAUUAUAUUACCAUUCUAGAGGACAAAAUUGAGGACAUGCAACGAGAAACACGUAAGACGAACAUCGAAAUUAAAAAUGUACCUAAAAAUAUGAAAGAAACUAAGGAAGACUUAUUGAAUAUGGUUUUAUGCUUAUCAAAGAACACAGGUUGUAAUAUCGAUAGGAACGAUAUCAAGGAUAUAUAUAGAAUUCAGAGUAAACGAGACAUAAAUAAAACUCCUGUUGUUGCUGAGCUUUCGUCUACCAUUAAAAAAACUGAACUCUUAAGAAUGGUGAAACAAUUUAAUAUAAAAAAUAGGGAAAAACUAUGUGCAAAACACUUAGGAUUUAGAACUGAAGAAUACUCCCCGGUAUACGUCAGUGAGCAAUUGACAGCUAAAGCUGCCCGUUUGUACUUUCUUGCGCGGGAUCUAAGUAAGUCAAAGGAUUAUAAGUUCUGUUGGACUGCAUUUGGAAGAAUAUAUGUAAGAAAAACUGAUAAUUCACCUAUAUUAAUUAUAAAAAAUGAAUCUAAAAUACAAACUCUCAUGCAAGAUAAAUGA